AAGUCGAGUCGACAAAACGUGGUAUAUAUUCCGACAAGACGAUCGGUACUAGCUCGCACAAGAUACGGUUCAUUGCGCCGAAACGAAUGAAUUACACUUUGGGAAGCGAGAAUCCAUCACAACAUUCGGACUCUGACACACUCGGGCGUUCUCAGGAAAAUAUAGAACGACACGAGUAGGAAAAAUCGCCUUAGCCCGUUUCCUCGCUUCUGAAACUCGCAUCAAUCGAAACGAAAUCUCAAGUGUCAAUGGUUUUGGCCGACGCCUACCACUCGUCCUCUUUCGAUUCAGACUAUCCUCUCUCCCCUCCCUAUUGGCACGCCGAUAUGGACCCGCAUUCGACCGCGCCGUCGAAUUUCUACCCCGGACUUGGUCCACAACAGGUUUAUGCCCUCGGGCCGCAGACAAACGAGGUCGGGAUCGCCGGCACGAGCGUUCAGGGAUGGGUCGGUCAGCCUCAGACACCUGUGCAGAUGAUGGCACGCGUACAACAAGGUCAAGGUCAAGCUCAGAAGCUGUCGUCGGAAGAUGUAUCGUACGCGCAAGCUCGACCUGAUGGGAUGAUCCAGCAGACGUCUUGUUCAUCGCGGCACCGCCGACCGUCCUCGUUGAUUCUCGGUACUGCCAGCCAAACACCAUCAUCAACGGAUCUCCCUCAACUGACCUCGCAGCUCGCUCUCGAGCCCACCCCUGCGCUUCCUCAGAUGGGCGCUCAGUUCACCUACGCAACUUCACGAGGUUCCAUCGGGAGUUCGACUAGGAACAGUCAGGGUUCUCUGUACGGCUACGACCAUGCGAGCGAGGCUUCGUCUUCGAUGGGAGGUCCGGCGAUGCCUCGGAGCCAGAAUUACGAGGCGACUACGGUAGGCGCGGUCCCCGCUUACACUUACCAGCAGUUGGUACCCCAAUACCACGUCCCGUCACCUUCGAGUUCGGUCAACUGGUCAGAAACGUACGCUUCCGCUCCGUCUACGUCCUAUUCGACGAGUCCUGUUUACUCCAGCGCAGGUAGGGAGUUGGUCCAGCCCGGAAGCGCGAGGUCUAGCGUACGCUAUGCACAAUCCAUGGUAGCAGAGGCGCCUACCUGGACAUACCAACCUGUACCCGUACACGUCUAUCCUCCACAAGGGCCCACUUCGGCUCCAGCGCAGAUGACAGAGAUGGUCCCGGUCACCUCUUCUCAUCCUGCAUCUGCAAAUCAGCAUGUACCAGUACCCGCCGGGAUGUACCUGGCGACGAGCGCGCCUCCGGUCCAAUACAUCCACGCUCCAGAGCGAGGACAUGUCACACCACCCAAGGAAAGGACAGACGCCGGUCCAGGGCCAGUUCGUAAUCGCGUUCGUCGCAAGGUAGCGAUUGGUCGGGUUCGUUUGCCGGAGCAGGCGGUCGUGCCUCCCAAUCUCACACCUACUGGCGGUGCGGAAGAUCCGUGGAGACAGAUGGCUCAGUCUCAGAGUCUCUCCGGCGCUUUCACGCAUUCGGGCGUGUAUGGAGUAGAUCCGUCGAUGUCUGCCGACCCUAGCAGGCCGUGGACGGGCGGAGCUGUCAUACAGCCUGCGCCUAUGAUGCCGGCCGACUCGUUCCCGUUCGGUACGGAGGCGGCGCCCAUACACAGGACGACCUCGAUAGAGGGUUAUUAUCCUCCAGAAACUGCUACCUUGUACAACACCGGCUCGGUCUCGAUCCCAGCGACCGUCGCGACGAGUCAUGUCCCCUUGCCGCUGGUAUCGCAGCUCCCGCCACCGUUGACUAUGGCUCCCUUGACGACUGCGAUCAUGGGUACCUCGAUGAUGCAAGCUGAAACCCCGGCAUCCCUCUGUCCAUCGACGUUCUCUUCCGAUGACGAUGAUCUCAACGACCACCUUUCCAGUGAUCCCGCGUACGACGACUAUCAGGGUGGCAAACCUUUCGCGCCUGCCGCUCACAUUUCUUCUCGAAGCGGGAACCCGUCGAAUCUGCAAGUCGCGACGACCAAUUUCGAUGGGUUCUCGAGGGUCCCGCUCGUGCGCACACAAAUUUCUCGACAGCAGCUAAGAGCGGAAGAAGAUCAGGAAGAGUUGCAAGAUGUGCGUUCCGUCUACCCGAGUCUGGGAGUACCGCAUGCGCUUUCGAGUGCAGCAGGUAGUAGUUCCACUUCUUCGGCUACCGGUUGGCCUUCAGCUGGAUCGGAAGAAUAUGGUCGCAAGCGCAUCAUACAGAGAGCCGCUACGAUGGGCACGCUUCCUGCUCAUUUCGAUCGAGCGGAUUAUUCGAUGUUUGGUACCAAAAACAAUCGACCCAAACUUGCCAUCGCCUGUCAAGGCUGUCGGGAGAAGAAACUCAAAUGCUCCGGCGAACGUCCCACCUGCAUGAACUGCAAGCGACGGGGUAUCGAGCACUGCGAAUACGCAGAGUCCGUGCGUCGCCGUGGACCGGGAAGGAAGAAGAUCGCUGCCAUGGAGAAAAAGGCGAACAGUGAGGCGCGUCGACAAGCCAAGGCUCGACUACAGGCGGGAGAGGUGAAACAGGAAGACGUCGUCGGCCAGUACCUAGCUAUGAAACCUGAAACGUACGACUACCAAAGGCAGCAAUGAGAUCGCGAUCAGAUUGCCUCGAGCUAAAUGUAUCCAUAUAUGAGUGAUAAGAAGGACAAUUAUGUAUCGGUAGAAUGCAACAAUGAAAGAGAUAGAAUAGCAU